AUGUUCAGUGCCAUGUCCGCCCUCCUCUCCUCCCUGGCCCGGCGGCUGGUGCCCCUUCGCCGCAGGAAGAGCAUCACGUCCUCCGCUUUCGUCGUCGCCAGACGUCCGUUCUUCCCGUGCGGCGGGGGGCACCGCGACGUCGUCAGCGACAGCGCCUUCGUCGUCGUCAAGCGCAGCAAGACGCUGAGGAAGAAGGUGAAGCCGCCCAGAAGGGUGGGGGAGCGGAAGCGCGGGCGAGGAAGCGACGACGACGACCUCCUCGACGGCGAUGAGGCGUGCGUGUGGCGGCGGACGAUCCUCCUGGGGCGUAGGUGCCAGCCACUGGAGUUCACGGGGGCCAUACACUACGACUGCGAGGGCCAGCGGCUUUGGGAGCCCCGCACACCGCCGCCGUCGCCGCCGCCGCCGCUGAGCCCCGUCCAUCCUUCCGAGCUCGGCUAUAUGGAUCGCGCAUAA